AUGAAGUCCAUCUUCCUUGCCGCUGGCCUCUUGGCUGCCGGCACCUUGGCCCAGGACGACAGCAUCCUCGGCCUGGACCCCAACUCGGCCACCUUUUCUCUGGAAUCCUUCCUCUUCGGCCCUCGGUGCAAGUGCUUCCCAGGCGACUCGUGCUGGCCCUCUACCAACGAGUGGAACAACUUCAACCAGACCGUCGGUGGAAAGCUGAUCGCCACGGUCCCACUCGCCCAGGCCUGCCAUGAUCCCAACUACGACCCCGUCAGAUGCCAACAAUUGCGUGAUGGCUGGCAGAUGCCCGACAUUCACAUGAAUGACUCGGCUUCCAUCAUGGCCCCUUUCUUUGCCAACCAGAGCUGUGACCCCUUCACUGCUCAGGGCAAGCCGUGCACACUGGGCAACUAUGUCAGAUAUGCAGUCGCUGCUGAGACUGCUCAGGACAUCAUUGCUACCAUCAACUUUGCCAGGAGAAAGAACAUCCGCUUCGUCGUCCGCAACACUGGUCAUGACUACCUUGCCCGGUCUACCGGUGCCGGUGCUCUGUCUGUCUGGACCCACAAGAUGAAGAGCAUUGAGUGGAAGAACUACAAUGACAAGUACUACAAGGGUACUGCCGUCAAGAUCGGAGCCGGUGUCCAAGGCUUUGACCUCCUCAACGAAGGCCUCAAGGUCAACCAGAUCGUUGUCGGUGGUGAAUGUCCUACUGUUGGCCCUGCUGGUGGCUAUACACAGGGUGGUGGUCACUCCGCCCUGAGCACAUCUUUCGGUCUCUCCGCCGAUAACACCCUCGAGUGGGAGGUCGUCACCGCCUCUGGCCAGCUCCUCACCGCGUCCCGUACCAGAAACUCGGACCUCUACUGGGCUCUCUCCGGUGGUGGCCCUGGCAACUACGGCGUCGUCGUCAGCGUCACCCUCAAGACCUUCCCCGACAGCUACGUCGGCGGUGCCACCGUCUCCUUCUUCGCCGCCAACAACCCCACCGAGACCUUCUACAAGGGCAUCGACGCCUUCCACGCCGCCCUCCCCGCCAUGGUCGACGCCGGCACCAUGGUGGUCUACUACUUCACCUCCAACUUCUUCAUGAUCGCCCCCGUCACCGCCUACAACAAGACCGCCGCCCAAGUCGAGACCAUCAUGGCCCCCUUCCUCGCCAACCUCACCUCCCUCGGCGUCAACUUCAACGCGGCCUACUCCCAGUCGGUCAACUACUACGACCACUACGACCAAUACUUUGGCCCCCUCCCCAUCGGCGCCAUCCAGAUCGGCAUCGCCCAGUACGGCGGCCGCCUCAUCCCCCGCGACACCUUCACCAAGACCCCCGCCAAGCUCUCCCAGACCUCGCGCUACAUCGCCGAGAAGGGCGUCACCUUCAUCGGCGUCGGCACCGACGUCUCCUCCUUUGGCCGCAACUCGGCCAACGCCGUCCUCCCCGCCUGGAGAAAGACGCUCGUCCACGCCACUCUGACUACCGAUUGGAGCUUUGACCCUGCCAAGUGGAACGACAUGAUUGCCAACCAGAAGCUCAUGACCGAGGAUAUCAUGCCCGCGAUUGAGAGCAUCACCCCCAACUCGGGCGCGUACAUGAACGAGGCCGACUUCCAGCAGCCGAGGUUCCAGAGGGAGUUCUUUGGGACCAAUUACGCGAGGUUGAUGGCCAUCAAGCUGAGGUAUGACCCCGAGGGGUUCUUUUACGCGAGGAACGCGGUGGGGAGUGAGAGGUGGAAGGUGAAUGAGCAGACGGAUGGGAGGAUGUGCAAGGCUAGUAUUUGGUGGUGA